AUGCUGAGACGGACCGCGGCGUCGGCCCUUGCGCCGGCACGAAUGGUGCCGCCCGCAUCGCCAUCACUCGCGCUCCUCGCCCAGCGCGGCUUCAGCUCGUCGACCUCGCUGCUGCGCGGCGACGACCGGCUCCCCCGCGGCCAUGUCCGCCCCCAGCGCCGCAGGCCACAGCCGCAGCCCCAGAACCCCUUCGCUAUGCCGUUCGGCGCGGACCCGUACGGCGGCUACGUGCAGCCCGCGCGCGUGAGCGUGCCCGACGAUCCCGGAGGCGUGCUCUCCCAGUCGCAUGCGGCGCACGAGCUGCUCGCGCACGAGAGCUUGGUUAUUGUGCGACAACUGGAGAUGCUCAACGUGUUCAUGGGGUACGAGCAGGCCAACCGCUAUGCGAUCUACUCGCCUGAUGGCAACAUUGUCGGAUUCAUGGCGGAGGAAGACCAGGGGAUCCUAUCCGCCGUCACCCGCAACAUCCUGCACACGCACCGCCCGCUCAAAUCCACCGUGCUCGACGUGCACGGCAACCCGAUCCUGUGGAUCCGCCGGCCAUUCACCUUCAUCAACUCGCGCAUCUACGUGCACGCGAUGGACGAGAAGAACUCGCCGAUCGUGGGCGAGACGCAGCAGUCGUGGCAUCUCUGGCGGAGGAAGUACAACCUGUUCCAGGAGCGGCCCGGCGAGGUGCUGCGCCAGUUUGCGCGCAUCGACGGCGGCUUCCUCGCGUGGGACUUCUGGCUCAAGGACAAGGACGACCGCCUCGUGGCCACCAUUAACCGCAACUUCCGCGGGCUGGGCCGCGAGCUCUUCACCGACACGGGGCAGUACGUGAUCCGCUUCGACGCCGCGGGCACCGAGCUCGACAUGCCCCCCGGGUCAGAGAUCAAGGUCCAGGGCCAGACACUCAUCCUGCCCGAGCGCUCAGACGUCGGGCUCACGCUUGACCAGCGCGCCAUGGCGCUCGCGACCGCCGUCAGUAUCGACUUUGACUACUUCUCCCGGCACUCGGGCAGCGGCGGCUUCGGUUUCCCGUUCAUUCUCUUUGGUGGAGGUGACGGCGGGUCGGACGCGCGCAGCGGCGAUGGCGGCGCUGCUCCGCCCGCGGAUGGAGGAGCGGCGACUGGCGCUGCUGCUGGCGCGGCGGCGGGCGCCGCGUCGGAUGUGCCGGCCGGCAUGAGCGAGGACGAGUACAUCUACGGCCGGGGGCCCGGCACCGCGCAGCAGGCCCAGCCGGGUCAGCAGGGCGCACCGGGCCAGCAGCCACCGCAAGGCCCGCCACCUGAUGCUGGUGCUGGCCAGCAGCAGCCUGGCGAGUACGGUGACUACGAGCAGCCCAUGGAUGACCCGUGGGCUGAGGAGCAGAACGAGGGCCUCUUUGGUGGUGGCGAGGCCGGAGGCGGCGACGGCGGCUCGAGCUGGGGAGACUGGGGCGACUGGUCGUAG